UGUCUUUAAUUUUUUUAGAGAAACGACUUCACGACUGAAGGAGGCAGGAGGCUGACACCCACUCACAACUUAGCUCUGUGUGUGCCUGUUGUUUUCACCCGACCCCUCUCACCUCUGAUCUGCUGGACCCUCUGGACUGGUCCGGAUCCUCUCUGAACUGCUGAAGACUUUUUUUUAGAAAUUUGGCCUAGCGAAAGGCAAGCCGUCAGCAUGCUUCGGGAAGCUUUUUCAAGUGUGACAAAACUCCAUGGUUACAUAAUAUCCAGAACUGAUGCCAGAGUGAAGGAUUACCCUCUGAUGCAGAGCCCGUUGCAGAUGACAAGCGUCCUCCUGGCCUAUGUCGUUUUCUCGGUGUAUGUCGGCCCACGUGUGAUGGCCAACCGCAAGCCGCUUGGCCUCAAACGAGCCAUGAUCAUCUACAACCUCAGCAUGGUUUUACUGAAUGCCUACAUAGUGUAUGAGUUCAUGAUGUCUGGAUGGGGCACCACCUACACAUGGAAAUGUGAUCUUAUUGACGUCACCAGCAGCCCACAAGCUCUCAGGAUGGUCCGAGUCGCUUGGCUGUUUUAUUUUUCAAAGUUUGUGGAACUCCUCGACACAGUGUUCUUUGUGCUGAGAAAAAAGCAAAGCCAGAUCACGUUUCUCCACGUCUUCCAUCACUCCUUCAUGCCCUGGUCUUGGUGGUGGGGUGUUGCGCAGACGCCUGCUGGAGGAAUGGGGUCGUUCCAUGCUAUGGUGAAUUCAGCAGUCCAUGUCAUCAUGUACACCUACUACGGACUCUCUGCUGCAGGGCCUCGCUUCCAGAAGUAUCUGUGGUGGAAGAAGCACAUGACAGCCAUCCAGCUGAUCCAGUUUAUUCUGAUCUCUAUUCACAUUAGCCAGUAUUACUUCAUGAAGAAGUGCGACUAUCAAAUGCCACUGUGGAUCCAUCUGAUCUGGAUGUACGGGAUCUUCUUCUUCCUCCUGUUCUCCAACUUCUGGGUGCAGGCUUACAUAAAGGGCAACCGUCUUCCAGUUGCAGACUGCAAGCCGAACCAGAAUGGCUCCACCAACGGACACGUUGUGAUGAAUGGCAAACCCCAUACAAAUGGGCAUGCUCACUCCUAUGAAAAUGGAAAUAUAGUCAUGGGGAAAGUGAAGGAAAUUUAAAUGACUCUGGGAGGGGAAGGAGCCAUAGACAGUUUAUAGAUAUUAGCACUUCAAAUAUGCCACAUAUCUUUAUUUAGAAGCAUAUUUGAAUUCAAGAGUUCAAUAUGCUACCUGCUAUACUACGUAAUUUGUAUAUAAUCAAAUUUUAUUAAAUGUUUCCCCCUGUGGGAUAUGAUUGGCAGACUGUUUUUGCCACUGAUCUCUGAAUGCAACACCUUGUAAGUUGUUGUGGAAGCUGUUUACUGUGAUGAACACUGAAUAGGAAAUUGGUGCUCAUUUUGUCACUGAUAGUAUUCUUUAACUCAGGCGUGUCCUGCAGCACUGUUUGGCUAACGUGGCCAUUUGCUGCUUGGGAGUAUGACAAUGUUUUCACUAAAAACGUGUAAAUAUUACUAUGAGUGUUUCAUUGUAAAUGUCAUUUAGUUUUUUGUCUUUUUAUUUAUCUUUUGAAAUAAAAUAUUUAGACAAGUCUGUUUUAUUUAGAAA